AUGAGAUGCAAACAUGUCGUUACCUUGAUUGCCACCUACUAUCAUGGCCCUACCCGCGUCACUGACAUAGACACUAACUAUAAAGGUCGGGUGUCUCUGGAUGUAGAUGUCACUCAGGGAAAGGCUAACCUGAAGCUUUUCUCCAUCUCACUAGCUGACAAUAGAAAUUUUCAGUGUCGUGUGCAGAUCCCAGGUGACAGGAGGGGCAAACAAACUGCCAUCACGAACUUGGUGGUUCUAGUGGCUCCCUCUAGACCCGUCUGUAAGAUCCAGGGUACAGCACAGUAUGGCCAGAAUCUCACAUUAACCUGUGCGUCUGCAGAAGGAUCUCCAACGCCCACUUAUAGCUGGAAACGUUAUUGUGAGCAUAAUCAGCCAGUUCCUCAAGACCCCCAAACCACUGACAAGGACGGCAUCCUGUCACUGUACAAUAUCUCCAAAGGUACAUCAGGACUUUACGUCUGCACCUCACAGAACAAGCUCAACGCUGCUACCUGCAACCUCACCAUCUCGCUCAUGCCAGAGCGAGAGGGCGAGAGAGAGGCAUCCAUGAAUGAUAUUACCACUGGAGGAAUAAUAGGCAGAGUUUUUGCUUACCUGGUCUUUCUCAUUAUCAUCAUCAUCAUCAUCUUCUUCUUCUUUUGCCAAAAUAAAUAGCAAUGAGAAGAAUGACACUGCAGGGUAAUGUUCCUCGUUCUGGAAGAUUCAAGCAUCUUUUUAAAUAAUUUUUAUGAGACGACUGGGAGAAAGAAGACACUUCAGGAUCCUUUUCAGAGGAGCAGGGACAUUCAGUGCUUUCUCCCCCCUGUUCUUUCAACCCCCCCCCCCCCCCCCCC